GUCAGUAUAUACGCACUAUACACCUGAUCUCUUCCCGUGUUAAAGAUUUCUUGUUCUAGUAUAUCACUACAAUGGCUUAUGUCGGUAUUGACUGUCUGGCAGUAAUUGUCGCGUUGUCUCUGAGUGUCAUAGAAGUCGAAGGCCUGAACUGCAUGAACUGUAAGAACGUCACGGAUCCGACGUCGUGCCGUGAGUCUGCGUCUUGUCUCGGGACGACGCAGGCAUGUUUUACAUCGUCGAAGGCUGGCCUCUCAGGAACCAGAUAUGAUAUGGGCUGUGUUGACAAAAUUCAGUGUAUCCCGUCCGGGUUGGUGGGGAGGCGUGGGCUGACAGGGUGCUUCCAAUGCUGCUCCGACGACGAGUGUAACCUAAAUCUCUGUACUGGCGUCACAACGACGUCAUGUAGAGACGACGAGACGUUUGACUGUGCCCGCGUGAACUCCCUGUUUGACGUCUGUAAGGACAUUCACCACGCCAAGAUUGUCUGCCGCGCGUUCUGCGGUCUCUGUGAUCUCGUCGAUGGCCAGUGGAGUGGCUGGUCUGGUUGGUCGGGAUGUGAUGUCACGUGUGGACAAGGUAACAAUUCUCGGUCGAGGACGUGCUCCGAACCGCCCCCCGCUCACGGCGGGAUCAAUUGUUCCGGGGACGGUGUGGAGGCACGCCCGUGUUCUAGGGAGCCCUGUCCAGUGGCUGGGGGGUGGACAAAGUGGGGUUCCUGGGGGUCGUGUUCGGCGUCGUGCGGGGUUGGACUGUCCCGGAGGGAUCGCAUGUGCACCAACCCUCGCCCCCAGCUCCUCGGGGAUCACUGCUUCGGAGACAACCACGAUGACAAAAUAUGCUGGCUACGAUCAUGCAAUGCAAGUUCGUGGUCCGAAUGGUCCAAGUGGUCAAUGUGCUCUGUUACCUGCGGUGGUGGGCAGGUCACUAGGAGCCGCUACUGUAUUACCCCGACUCCCGCUCCGUACGCGGCCGCCUGCUCAGGAAAUGACCGGGACUGGAGGAUGUGCAACAACAAUCUGUGUUCAGGUUUAAAUGUGAUGCUGAACGUGUCUGGCCCUGCCUACAUCCCGCCCUGCCACAAAGAACACUACUCCAACCGAACCUACGAGAGGGUUGACUUUAGUAACUGUAAUAUGACAUUCACAAGGAACACAGCCGUCUCCAACAAUACAGUGGACCACUUUGACUACACUACUGGGAAUUUCAAGUGCCCACAGACCGGUCUGUACUUUAUAAAAUUGCAUUUGUCCCAGCGCUCUAUCGGAACAAAACACAACUACUCGUUAACCGUCAGUUUACGAUGUGGCCUCUGUGUUAAUGGUAAAGGCGUUAGAGGAUUUUACCCAUGGGAAACCGAUGACCGAGAGAUCGGGGAAACUAUGACGUGGUUGAACGGCGGGGACGAAGUCGGCGUCGCCCACUGUGCAGGAAGUUAUCCGAAUGCGACUUUGCCUGAUGUGCCGCUCGACCUUGGACUUGAAAACACGUCGUAUUUUUCUGUAGUCUUAAUAGCGUAAAAAGGAAUCUGUACUCUUGUUACUUCGUGUCACCAAACAUAGACUAAUCUAUUUGUCUGUCUAUGUUAUCGUAGUUUAUCGUUUUACUUGGAUCACGGACACGAAACGUUGAAUCAUGAUCCAAAUCAGUUCGAGCUUCAUAUAAAUAUCCCUAGAAAAAAUUGUUUAUGUAUUUAUUGAACAGAGUUAAUGCAACAGAACUGACAAUCUUGUUUUGCCCCUUCAUAAUUUAUAAAAAGGUGACUUUGACAGUAAAUACCGCAUAUCCACCAUAAAAAAGAAAGAAAAGAAAACCAACGUCCAGAUGCUUGCCAUUCAAGAUAUAUCUAUGUUGACAUUCACUAAUGUUAUACCUAUUUUCAAAUGUAUGUCCACUAUGUUUUAAAUGAACUUGCCAAGUUUUGAGCAAAGAAAGAUCGUUUCAGAUUAAAUGUUGGUGCUGGUUUUUAUUAAAGAGCAAAAAUUUGAAUAUAAGGUAACCGGUGAAACAUGACGGUCCAAAUAUAUAACCGAGCAUUUUUUACAAUCCAGAAUGUCAAGCCCCACACGGGACCA